GAAUUCAUAUCGCAAUUCAGUUUGAAAACGUUCACAUCCAAUGAAAUGUUUUAGAUAAAUACUUCCUUUUGGUGACUCCCCAUAUUUUUCACGCCUGCAGUCAGUGAUUGAAUACUCUGUGAAAAUAAAAUGUGUUGAUUAGGAGAAACCAGAGGAAGAAUACAAUGAUACCAAGGAAAGUCAGUUCCCAUACCCUUAUUCUUUGGACUAUAUAUGGGCACUUGAUCACAGUGACGAAUGGACAACUAGACAGUGGAUUCGGGGACUGUAUUUAUCAGGAAGAAAAUCAUCAGGAAAUUUCCUCCUUCCACCCACCGCCACCAGAUUAUGGCAGUGAAACAAUAGCAAAUAAUGAGGAAGAAGAAUAUAACAACAAUGACGAUUAUAAUAAUGGAAGGCUCAUUUUCAAUGGAUUUCCAACGAACAGAGAAGUACCAGCACAGCCAAAAAAGCGUACCGUAAUUUGCACAAACGCACCUCCUUACUUGAGAUCCGGUUACACUGUAUGUGGUGCUUGCUGGAAAUUGAUCUACAAAAAUAGUAAUAUCUCAGUUAUCCCAACAAACACACAUCAAGAUGCACCGAAGCUAGAAGAACUCCAGAUGGCCGAAUUGGGAAUUGAAAAAAUUCAGGCUGGUGCUUUUGCAAACUUACCCAGUCUGGAAGUUUUGAGACUCGAAAAAAACAAGCUGAAAAAAAUUGUCAGAGGUACUUUUAACUCCAUCAUGAAUCUAAGAUAUUUGAAUUUGAGCCAUAAUAUUAUAAGUGAGAUCGAGGAGGAAUCAUUUCACGGAUCCUUCAAUAUUCAUAUUUUAGAUUUGAGCUUCAACAAGAUCAGAUCUAUAGAAAAUAUUUUCCAUCACUCUAAACUCUCUCUCUUGAACAUAUCAAACAAUUUAUUGGCUACCAUUGGAAACGAUUUCUGUGCUUCGGUACCUCAACUGACUAACCUCAUUUUGGACCAUAACUUAUUGACUAAUAUUCCCGCCUGUUUGAAAAACUCAAUUGUUUCCCAUCUAUCUUGUAAUUUCAAUUCCAUCGCUUUUCUGAACGAAAGCAGUUUUCCCCGAUCACUCAACAUUUUAUACAUCGGAAGCAAUCGAAUCAAACAAAUGAACGAAGAUGUUUUCGCAUCCCUUUCAAAUUUGCAAGGACUUGAUAUCUCUUGUAACGCUUUGGAAAGAAUCGCACCAGCAUGCUUCAAAGACUUCAUAUUCCUCGAAGGUUUAGACCUUUCUGACAUAAACUUAGGGACGAUUAACUCCGAAUUGUUCAGUUCCAUGAAAUCGUUAAAAGAGCUCCGAAUGAAAAAAAAUCAUAUCAAUUUUCUCCAAAGAGGAGUUUUCCGUUACUUGUCGAAUUUAACUCUCUUGGACCUUUCCGAAAACGGUAUAACUUUUUUACAAUCGGGAGUGCUAAAAGACUUGAAGUCUUUGAAAUUCUUAUAUUUAUCGCACAAUAAAUUGGAGUUUCUUCAGUCAGGCGUCUUGAACGGUAUGGAAAUGUUGAAUUCCAUUGAUUUAAGUUGGAAUCGUUUAGAGUCGCUUCACUUUUACAUAUUCAAUCCUUUAAUAAACCUGCUUACACUAGAUCUGAAACAUAAUCAAAUUGAAAAGUUGUUUAUUGAACACCAAAGACACAGAAAGUAUGUUCUUGCUGUUGAACUGGAUGGCAACAAUUUCACGUGCGCUACUUUACAUCAAAUUAAAUCACAACUUUUGUUCAAUAAAAUUGACUUCAUAAGUGGUCAAACGUUCUCUUCAGAAAAUAUUGAUGGUAUAUCUUGUAAGGAUGAUAGAGAAAGUAUGCUUGAAAGGAAUACAGAGGACAUAAUGGCCGGCAUGAGGUAUUUUUUCCAGAACGAUUUCCGAAAUACAUCUUUUUACAAUUUCUUCAGAAAUUUUCCUAGUACCAGCAAUAAUAAUGCGAGCAUACAGAAUCUUGAGAGAGCUGUUGGAGAUUUACAAAAUAACCUAACGUAUGGUUUUUCGAAUAGUUUAAAUGCUCACGUAAAAGAAUUCAUAAGAUUCGAAAAUGCUUCUUUCGGAAAUUUUUUGAAAGAACUAGCUCUUAUUGUUAAUCGACUGGAAGAUACAGAGAAACAAAACGAAAGUAUAUCGUUAAAAGAUUUAUCCAACACAUUCAAAACCGAAAUCAAGACUUUCGUUACCUUCGAAAAUUCUUCCUUUCAAAACUUUAUGAAUAGGCUUUCAGAUAUAGUUGACAAAAUGGUGGAAAACCAAAACCACUCGGAACAUAUCCCAGAUAUAAUUGAAAAGGUAAACGAAAUACGCGCAGAUAAGUUGAUGUACUCGAAAGAAGAAAACGGAACGACAGAAUUGAUAGGCGCCAUUAACCAGUUGAAAUUAUUCGUUGUAAUGUGCACAUUCAUGGUGAUCGUGCUCAAAAUAUUCCCAUACGCCAAAAAAAAAUAUCUGAGAGCUGAAAGUUCCGAGGUACAAAUUCAUGAAAUGCCAAUUUUGUCAUGAAUUUGGGCCACUUUAAUUCGAAAACAAAGUAGUUCUAGAAUAUAAAAAUAUUUGCAUGUUUACACUCAUGAUACCUACUUUCUAUUAUGUAAUAUUCAUAAUUUUUGCAAUCUGAAGAUUUAAAAUAU